AUGCAAGCACAUCAAGCCCGCAUGGAGUUUAUGAGGCUCAUAUGUAUAUUUCCACUACAUCUGCUGCGAACUGACUCAGAGAUUGGAGAAGUCAUCAGCUUGGGAAUUUGUGUAGUGGACGACGACUUGACUCUAUAUCUGAGAUUACAAGUGGUACGGACCCGGCCCUCCGGUGACUGGUUGGAAACAUAUGCAAGAUGCGUCGCAGAACAUCAUGCACGCAUGAACUCUUGGUGGGAACGGAAGCGGAUUGCAUUCCCAAUUAUCUUCAUGCAGCCGAACAAGCUACGUAAUAGUCCCCAAACUUCUGCAAAAGACCAUUUCGUUUCUAGGAUCGUGGAGAUUCAAUGUACCGAAUAUCAUCCGAAGGUAUCAAUGUUUCAAAAUGCUAACUAUUCAAUCGAAUUGCGGGUGAAUUUUGACUCGAACAAGCAUCUGGUCAAACCAACGAAACAACAGACUGGCAGUCUGUCUCGACAACGGAAUCAUUAUCAUUCCCACCGUCGUCGGGAUAUUGACCGCGAGGCUUCUCUUUUUGGAAGAGUUAGUAGUGAGACUUUGUUCGUAGAAUUCAAAGUAUACCCAAAUGUUUUCCCUGUUUGGCAGGUAUUGGAAAGCCUGGCCUUACUUGUGCCUGCUGCCUUGGAGCUGGAAGGCGGCUUUACAUUGGGGUUUCUGAGGUUCGAAUCGGAAUUACGAAUCAACUUCGAAGAUUCCUAUUGGAGUGAUUGA